AUGAAUCCCCCGGGUCUGGACUGUAUCAACACUGUAGCUCCAGCAAAUAAUGUCACCCGUGCGGAUGUUUAUUACGAUCGCAAGAAUGGGUAUUGUAAAGGAUUGCUCCUGGAGUAUGCAAACGGUGCGCAGCGGGCUAUAGGUCAAUGCCGAGUUGGUAUUGAUCCUUCCAAAGCUUACGAAGAGCCAUCCUGGUUCUGUUACCGCGAUAUCUAUGAUCCAGAAUCAUUUGAGGAAACCGGAAGUUGUGUUAUUGAGUGUACGAAUGUCAAGGAUGACCACAAGCAUGAACCUUGCGACAUUGACGAUUGGCAGUGUAUGCGCGCAGGAGCAGGCUUGUAUCUUGAGUUCCUGUGCGACAACAAGUCAGAUACUUUUGGUAUCUGCAUUCGACAUGAUGAGGAAGAGGGCGACGACUAA